CAUGUUGCUCACGCUGCCUCGCGCCACGCGCUUCGCUGCGCCUCCCUGCUUGUCCCGCUCGCUCGCCACUCGCCGCCGCAGCCGCCCUCCCGUGACGAACGACGAGGCUGUGCGCGUGCUGCAGCGCCUCGCCUCGUCGCCCGCCUCGCCCGCCGCCCGGACCGGGCUGGCCGACUGCCUCGAGCGGCUCGCAGAGAACAAGCAGAGCGACCUGGCGUGGCGGCUGUACACCCGGCUCGACGCGGCGGGCUCGGCCUCCCUCGCCAAGCCCGAGUACACCGCCUUUCUCCACGCCGUCGGCUCGAUUGGCGUCGCGCCGCUGGCCGCUCGCGCAGGCCGGAUCGAGGCGGACAUGAGGGCGGCGGGCGAGGACGACCCCCUCUGCGAGUGGCAGCUCUGCGUGCUGCUGCAGGCGGCGGCCAACGCCGGCCGCUUCGACGACGCGCGCGCCGCGUACGAGGGCGCGCGUGGCCGGCUGCCACCGGGCGUGAUCUCGCGCAGCCUCGCGCAACCUCGGCCCAUCUCUCUCCAGGCCUUCGAGCGGCACCUCGCCUCCGACCUCGCCUCCCCCGGCCGCGGCCAGGCGCGGCACGACCCUCGCCGAGGCACCGUGUCGGAGGGCGCGUCCACGACACGUCCACGACACGCACCGCAGGCCCGCCCCGCCCUCACCGCGCUGAUGAACGCCUUUGCGCGGCGCGGAGACCUCGCGACGCUCGCGGCGCUGCAGCGGCGGGCGGACGAGGCGGGCGUCCCCCUCUACACCGAGCGAGUCAACGCGAUGCUGCUCGGCUGCCGCGAGGUUGGCGACGCGGCGGAGGCGGUGACCGUCAAGCUGCUGCUCGACGCGUGCGAGCGAGGAGGCGCCAUCCACACGGCGCUCGACCUGUACGAGGCGGCGGCCGGGGGAGGGGGCGGCGGGGAGGGGGAGGGCGGAGGCGAAAGGGGAGGAGGAGAGGGCGGCGGCAGCCUCGAGGUCGACGCGCUGACCCGCAACUCGCUCAUCCGGCACUAUUUGCGGGCGGGGCGGCCAGAGGGCGCGUUCCGCGUCUUUUCGGAGGCGCGGCGGCGGGGCCAGACGCCGCCCGCCAACCUCAAGGUGCUGGCCGCGCUGGCGGAGGGGUGCUCGGCGGCGAGCGAGGUAGCGGAGACGGAGGAGGAGGGGCGGAGGUGGAUGGGGCGCGCCCUCGAGCUGUACGCCGCGAGCGAGGCGCUCCUCGCGGCCCGCGCCGACCUGGCGUACGAGAGCGAGCAGGGGGGAGGCGCGGGGCGGCCGGGAGCGGGGCGGCCGAGCCGGGGGAGCGGCGGCGGGAGGGGGCGGUAGCGUCAGGGUGGAAGACUUGGGGGACCACGAUGGGAACGGCACGCCACACCACCACACAUUGCAGGUAAGGUAAGGUAAACUUCUCC